AUGGAUUAUCCAACUCGCCAUCAAACACUUACCACACAAUCAAAUUGUAAUGUAGUUCCUACACCACAAAGAGAUUAUGAAAAUUCAUCGAGAGUUGUACCUCAAAGACGAAAUAGAGCAAAUUCUCAAAUGACUUUAAUAGAAACAAUGGUCACUCAACUACUUGUUACUACCAAAGCUUUAUUAGAAAGUUUAAAUGGUUGGGCGGCAAAAUAUGUUAAAGAAAAACAAGUUUCUGACAUAUAUGUAAAGCUUGUAAGUGAAUUUAACUCUGUUGUACAAUUAUUUUCUCAAACUGGAGUUGACAUAAGUGAUUUAGUAAAUAUUCCAACAGAUUUAAGAGCAUGCUUAGAAAAGGCAUUGAGCGAAAAUGCCUCACAAAAUGCUUUAGAAAAAUAUCUUCCUAAAAUAAAAGAAACAAUUGUAUCAUUAGUGAAUGGAUUAAGAACAAAACAAGCACUAUACAAACAAAUUUAUAAACCUCCAACUAAUAAUGGUUCUAUUGGUAAUGGCGGUGAUGUUGAAACAGGUCAUGAAAAUAAUUCAUUGCCACCACCAAUAUCAGCAACAGUGGCAACUUACCCUAAAACACAUGCAGCUGAUCCAAUGGAUACAUUAAUACAUACCGAAAACCUUGAACGUCGUGCAUCUAAAAGAUUUUCUGCAUUCAUGAAAAAAGAACCAGGUAAAAGAAAUUCUUCACGUAUAAAUAACCAGGUCGAUUUAAGACCACCUGAACCUGAGCCUAGAGCUAUAGAGAAGCCAAAAGAAGAAAUGGUAAUUACUACAACAAUACCAACAGGUCAAACUAAUCAAUAUAUUAAUGGUUCUAAAGAUGCUACUAUUGCAGUAGUAGAUAAAAUACAAAAUGUAGAUGAAAAAGUAGUAAAACAGAAACAAGCGCAAGAAUCAAAUGUAGAUGAAAAAGUAGUAAAACGGAAACAAGCGCAAGAAUCAAAUGUAGAUGAAAAAGUAGUAAAGCAGAAACAAACGCAAGAAUCAAAUGUAGAUGAAAAAGUAGUAAAGCAGAAACAAGCGCAAGAAUCAAAUGUAGAUGAAAAAAAAGAAAAGAAAAAAGGUAUCAAAUUAUUUCUUCAAUUAGGCAACAAAGUUAAGAAAGUACAAUAUGAGGGAGAUGUUGGUAUACCAACAUUAAGAAUAUUAUUCAUUGAAAAAUUUCAAUACAAUCCAGGAAUGAAUGAUUUUCCUCAAAUCUAUAUAAAAGAUCCAAAUGUUGGAAUAAUGUAUGAACUAGAAGAUUUGAAUGAAGUGAAAAAUGAUUCGGUGUUGGCUUUAAAUAUUGAAGAUUUUGAACAAAUUAAGAAAAACAUUGAUCAAAAUAUUGGUGAACUUACCAAGGAAUUUCGAGAAAUAAAAAAAUCAUUUUCAGAAAAUAGCAAAUUAUUACGACAUGAUGGUAUUGUUGCAAAUACUCCAUCCUCGUUACAUCUGAGUGAAUCACAUUUUACACAAUUGGCAAAUAAAAUUUUAGAGAAUGUGAGUAAACAGAAAGAUUCUGCUGAUAAAAAAGUAACAGAAGAGCUUGUGUUAAAAAUUGUGAAUGAAAUCAAAGACCAGUAUAGCGAAGCACAAGAGCUUCGAAGAGAUUUAGGAGUGAUGCGACAAGUUUAUGCUGAGUUUCAAGAAAAUUCUAAAAAAACACUUGAAACAUUAUCAAUCAGAACAGAAAAUUUUAAAAAAGUAGCGCUAACAAAAAAAGUUUCAUCAUCGAGAACAUUUAUCGAAGCAGGUAAAGCCAAAGUGGAUAGUAAAACAAGAGCCUUGCUUGCCAGUGUUGAUGAUCUUCAAGACCUUAUUGAUAAUCUGAAAUUGGAUGUUAUUCAACGAAGGAGUAAACCUAAAGAUACAACAAUUCAACACGUUAAAAAUGAAUCAAUGAAUGUGCAGAAAGAGCUUUCCUCAUUGCAAGAGUAUCUUAAAUCAGUUACACCAAUGUGGAGAAAGUCAUGGGAAGAUGAGUUGAAUUUGAUUGUUGAUGAACAGAAAUUCCUUAAUCACCAAGAGCAAUUGAUUGAGGAUCUAAUGAACGAUAUUAAUAAAUUGACUGAAGUCUUUGAACAAAUACUUAAAGUCGCAAAUGUUCCCAGAGCCUUCUUUCUUGAACCUCAAGAAGAAGGAUUCGAAGGAUUGAAGGCAGUUCUUCAAGAGGUUAAAGGUAUAGUACCAGAUCAGGAAAGAAGGUUAAAGGCAUUGGAACAAGUAGAAAAACAAAGAGAAAGAGAUUUAGCCAAUCAUAUUGAUGAGUUUGAAGCCGAACUUGGAUCACUUGUAACAGAAAAUAAAUUGAAAAAGACGGGAGGAGCUGAAGAAAUAGAAAAAUUGCGUCAAAAGAAUAAAAAAAAUUUAAUGACAUUACUUAGUACUGAAGCGCCGUCAUCGUUGUCAUCACCGCCACCAUCACCAUUAUCAUAG